AUGCGCCGCCGAAAAUGCAUCGCUGAGUUCCUCAUCCGACAAGCUCCUUCAUUGCCUUACGAUUGUGCAACCGAGAUGAAUAUCCCUGCUAUCCCCGAACAGAUAUCCACGUCAACGGUUGAUACAGUUACCCCUGAUCUGCAGCAAGUGUUUAGCAAGUUUGGCCAGAUUGAGAAUCUUGGAAUUAACGAUUUAGGCAACAGAGCGAUCAUAGCCUAUGCUGAUGCUGCCGGAGCUGCAGCUGCUGAGCAAGCCUCUACGCCUGCUCUCCGUGUUCGUCGCCGGAAACCGAGGCAAGGUGAAAAACGACGCGAAUAUUCCCCGCGCAGUUUAGAACACUCGAGAUCUCAACCCAAUCCGGAUGACCAACUCAGAGACGUCUCUGAAGCUGCUAUGAAGCCUACAACAGACGAAAGUGCAUCUGCUCUGCAAGUAUCGGAACCAGAAAACAAGAGUGACUUUCAAACACGGCCUAAACUUGAAGCGAAGGAUGCUGCACAGGCUCAAAGUACAAAAGAUAAUACUGCUGAUGACGCUAUCGUUGUUGAAGAUAUCGAGGACGACCAGUUUGAUGAUAUUCCGAAUUCACAAAAUAUGGCCCUACAAUCAAAGGAAGAUAUUCAAACAAAUACAAAUGACCAAAACGAGGAUAAUGAGGCUCGGAGUACUGCUAACGAAGGUGUGAAUGAAGAGAACGUAACAAAUAAUCAGCAAACGAUCCCUUCCAGUGCUCCAAAACGAUCUUCCGUACAAGAAGCACCUGAGUCCGAGCACACUUCUGCAGUGGAGAUCAAUACGGAACCGGAAGAAAACGAAGCUGUUCUUUCCUCUGAAACCGAGUACCAAAACGAUAUAAACGAUUCCAAUCAGAAGACACCGCCACAAGGUUUCCACCUGAUAACUGCAGAUGAAAGCGGUGAACGUUUAGCAACGAACCCCAACGAUGCUAUCAAGACGGCUUCGCAAUCACCGCCCAUAAUUUUUGCAGUCGAGGACGAUUGUACUGACACCACCAAUCAAACGCUAGGAGCGAGACGAAAAAAUGAAAGCUUACAUACUGAAGAAGCAAAGCUGGGUGAACCUUCUUUACAUAUUUUGGCUGAGAACGGGGAUCCAACCUCAGACUGUAACCUCGCUACAAUUCCAAAUGCCUCAAUUGAAGAGCUGCAAAGCAGGCUUCUCGAUAUGGAGAAGAUCCUCAGUACAUCCACUUCAGCUCUAUCCUCGACAAAGCUGGCGAACGAGUUCGAACGCGCGGUGCUACAACUACACAAGCAGAUUCUCGAUAUGGUGGCAGAAUGUUUGAUUUUCGUGGGGUUAAAACAUGGAGAAGUUUCCGGCAAGUCGAUGGGGACAACGAAUGCUGAAUUUCUUGAUUUCCUGGAAGCACAGUCCAAAACUCAAGUGAAAAUACUCGAAGUCGAAGUACGUGCUGGUCAGGAACUACUCCGGUUGCACAAGACGCAGUACGAAAAAGAACGGGUAGAGUUCGAAGAAGAAAUUACCGCACUGCGUGUGGGUCGUACGGAGGCAGAACGACUGUGUGCCGAGCUUCGCACUGAUCUCCGGAAAUGUCGAAGUGAAUUGGCAUGUCAUGUUGCAAACGCAACAGAUAUUCAGAGACAAAAGAGCGUACUGGAAGAAAAACUUGCUAGAAGCGAGGACAAGAUGCACGCUAAAGAAGUUGCGCUAGUAAAACUCCAAGUGGAAUACGACAACAUGCAUCGUGUCGCGGCUGAAGCCCAGAUGCGAGCGGAGAAACUUAAACAAGGCGUGCACGAGGUCCUCCAGCCUCUUCUGGAGGUGAUCCUCAGUACAUCCACUUCAGCUCUAUCCUCGACAAAGCUGGCGAACGAGUUCGAACGCGCGGUGCUACAACUACACAAGCAGAUUCUCGAUAUGGUGGCAGAAUGUUUGAUUUUCGUGGGGUUAAAACAUGGAGAAGUUUCCGGCAAGUCGAUGGGGACAACGAAUGCUGAAUUUCUUGAUUUCCUGGAAGCACAGUCCAAAACUCAAGUGAAAAUACUCGAAGUCGAAGUACGUGCUGGUCAGGAACUACUCCGGUUGCACAAGACGCAGUACGAAAAAGAACGGGUAGAGUUCGAAGAAGAAAUUACCGCACUGCGUGUGGGUCGUACGGAGGCAGAACGACUGUGUGCCGAGCUUCGCACUGAUCUCCGGAAAUGUCGAAGUGAAUUGGCAUGUCAUGUUGCAAACGCAACAGAUAUUCAGAGACAAAAGAGCGUACUGGAAGAAAAACUUGCUAGAAGCGAGGACAAGAUGCACGCUAAAGAAGUUGCGCUAGUAAAACUUCAAGUGGAAUACGACAACAUGCAUCGUGUCGCGGCUGAAGCCCAGAUGCGAGCGGAGAAACUUAAACAAGGCGACAACGAGGAUAGUGUGGAUUACUCCAACCAAGAUGACCAUGAUUCCUCAUUACCAAAAGCCAACAAGAAGUUUACAAGUAUUCGCACCAAUGAAAGCCUUCCACACACCUCCAAGCUCUUCUCCAAGCUAUCCCAGCAACCUAUUGAAAAGAGUGUAGAGGAGGAAUCAGUUCCACAAGCUGAAGCUAAGCUUGAAACUUCAACUUCAUCGCGAUCUUCAAACGUUGCUGCGUUGGAGGCAAUGAAGCAGCAAAUGGCACGCGAAAUUCAAGAACAAAUUGCUGCCACGAGGGCGUCGUUGAGAGAAAUGGAGAUUUGCAGCUCAAGUGGCAAAACAUUGCAGGAAGAAGAAGACGAGUUACGACAGCUGCAGCAACAGUUAGCAGCAAGGUCGGCCGAAAUGGAUACAGCGAUGAACGAAUCCAGAACCAAACUGAAAGAAUUGCUUGAUCCAGCCACAGCCUCAUCUUUUCGCAAUGAUGAAGCUAACUUUGAUGAGAUGGGGUCUGACCACAAACCAACGAUCUUUGACUCGACUACGCUAGUAAAUGAACUUAUUGCUCGAGCAGAGAAAACAGCAGCGGGUACGUCGCAGUACGUGGAUGAUUACUCUUCCAGUCCGACAUUACAAAGCCCAUUCGCUGGUAUUGGCAGCCAGCAUCUCACUCAUUACCAUCGACCGGCUCAAAGUGUUCUCUACAAAAAGUGGACAGCUGAUCGAUCUCGCAAAAUGGCUCAGCUUGCAAGCUACCGCGAUGAGCAUGCAGUGCGUCGGGCCCAACGGUCAAUGCAGACAUUUCAGCAAGCCUUAGCAGAAGUACAGGGGAAACUCUAG